GUACUCAAAUUACUUCUGAAUUAUCAGUCUCUCAUUUGUGCUUUGGGAGUACAAAAAUGCUAAAAGGGAUCUUUGGCUGGAGCUUUUCGAGAAGGUGUCAGCUAGAAACCAAGUGUACCAGGCUUCAAUCCCAGAAGCCCAAGAGGGAAAAGAAAGUCAGGGAGGAAAAGACUCCCCAGAGGCUUCUGGAGUCUUCUCUGCUCUAAACUUGGAAGGUUUGAACAAUGUUUCCUGGAGGAUGGCCUUUCACUUAUUCAUCUGUCCAGCAUGACUCAUCCCCGAGCGUUGAUCAAGUCUCCCUUGCCCUUGGCCUUGCCUUUCUGCCUGUCACCUCCUCAUUUGCUAGCAAGUGCUGAUGAUGUCGCAAAUGGUGGAGCUUUUUUGCUGGUCUUUGAAUUCCUUCAGUCUUCUGAUGGCAGACUCUACUGUGACAGCGGAAGUGGUGCCCUAGGUCCAGGCACCAGCAGCUACUGUUUUCAUGCAGGAACCACAGUGCCAGAUCCCCAAUGCUCGUUUCUCCAUCUUGGUUUUGCUACACAAGGAACAAGUUUACUAGGCGUUCUGGCUGAUUUCAGUUCUCUUCACCGUUUUCCACAGGGAGGCACCAUAGCUUGUCCCGUAUUUACUAAUGAUCCCGACCUUCUUGGAGCGUUUGGCCCUGUCGCUGUGAACUAG